UGUAUAUUUGUUGUGUGUUAAUUACAAUAAAAAUUGACAAAUGUUUUUAAUGAGCCUCCAUUUUUCCUUUUCCGUUUUUGUUGUUUUUUUUUACAAAAUAUCCUUCAACUCGUUUAAAACGACACCCACUUUAGGUACCUAUUUCAAUUGUAUUAUGUUUAUGGUGGCAUCAUCGGUGGUCUUAACGGUGGUGGUAUUAAAUUAUCAUCAUCGUACAGCGGAUAUACAUGAAAUGCCGCCAUGGAUACGUUCGGUUUUUUUACAAUGGCUGCCAUGGAUUUUGCGAAUGAGUCGUCCCGGUCGUAAAAUCACUAGAAAACAUAUAUUAUUAACGAAUCGCAUGAAAGAGUUAGAAUUAAAAGAACGUUCUUCCAAAUCCCUAUUAGCCAAUGUAUUAGAUAUUGAUGAUGAUUUCCGGCAUACAGUAUCGGGGUCACAAACGGCCAUUGGCUCAUCAGCGAGUUUUGGUCGCCCGACGACGGUUGAGGAACAUCACAAUGCCAUAGGCUGUAAUCAUAAAGAUUUACACUUAAUUCUUAAAGAAUUGCAAUUUAUAACGGCGCGCAUGCGUAAAGCAGACGAUGAGGCUGAGCUAAUAAGCGAUUGGAAAUUCGCUGCAAUGGUUGUGGAUAG